UUUCAGAAAAGUAACAGUCUGUCAGUAUCAAUUUUACUGAAUGGUCCCUGAACUCUAGAUUGCCUCAGCACUGUUAAAUCACAGGAAAUAAAAGUUGUAAGUCAAACGUCUUAAACAUGGAAGUUACUACUCCAGAUUACUUAUACAUUGAUUUGGUGACUCCCUGCCCAAACAACAUGCAGUAUAUGAACAGCAUGGUUUUGGUCUUAGUCUAUAUCGCAGUCUUCUGUCUGAGCUUGACGGGCAACACAGUGGUGAUCUUCGUGGUGUUUUGCAUGGAGAACCGCAGGACGUCUACUGACGUUUACCUGAUGCACCUGGCCAUCGCCGACCUGUCCUUUUCUUUAACGCUCCCAUUCUGGGCCGCCUACUUUCACUCCGGACAUUGGAUGUUUGGCACAGUUAUGUGCAAGCUGAUUUCAGGCUUGCAGGAAGCUACGUUUUUCUGCUGCGUCUUUCUGCUAGCAUGCAUUAGUGUUGAUCGCUACCUGGCCAUUGUAAAAGCAACCCAGUAUCUCAACCAUAAACGGCAUCUGGUUGGUAUAGUGUGUGCAGUGGUGUGGCUAUGCGCCAUUAUGUUAUCCAUUCCAGUUAUACUGCACCGUGAUUCCUUCCCACAUGGUGAUUCAGAUAUUCACAUAUGCCAUGACAAUAUGACCGCAGACAGCAUCGACAGCUGGAGGGUGGGUCUGCGGAUUAUCCACCACACUUUGGGAUUCUUCUGUCCAUUAGCUGUUAUGAUGUUCUGCUACGGUUUCACCAUGUGCACGCUUUGCCGCACACGAAACAGCCAAAAGCAGAAGGCCAUGCGGGUUAUCAUGUCUGUUGUGUUGGUUUUUAUCAUCUGCUGGCUGCCCAAGAACAUCCUAGAGUUAAUAGACAACCUGAUGCGAGCCGGCCAUGUGAUGGAAACGUGUGGACUGAGGGACAGGAUCGACGUGGCCUUGUACAUCACCCAGGCGUUGGCUUUCUCCCACUGUGCGAUAAACCCCAUCUUGUACGCCUUCAUCGGGAAGAAAUUCCGCAAUCAGCUCCUGACGUCCCUCUUUAAGAAAGGCCUGUUGGGGAGAGACGCAGUGUCGAAAUAUCGAUUGGGAUCUGUCUAUAGCUCUGGAAGCACUAGGCAGAUGUCAGUGACUCUGUGAUCAACUGUUUUCCUCUUAUAAAGCUAUUGCUUCUGGUAAGGAAAUAGUUUAGCCAGAAAUGCUAAUGAUUAUCUCAUCGCUGUUAUAAAAAUACAGCGUUUCCAAGUAAACCAAGUUCUGUUUUUAUGAAAGUUUAGAGUUAAAUGUAUAGAUAAGAGUAUGCGUGUGUAUCUGUAACUUGCUGUACCUCUUCCUGAUGAUAAUGAUCUUUGAAAGGUUUUUCUUUGGUUUGAGGCAACCUGCCAAGCUUGUGCUUUGAACGCUCUUUGUCCAUUAUCAAGUGAUCUGUUAUAAACACUCAGCAGAGCUUUCAGAUUUUUUUCGGAAAUGAGUAGUAGGAGAACGUAGAGAUUUUCUGUUUUGCAUAUUUUUUUAUCUUUAUUUUACAUGUAAUUUCUUUUUAUUUUUUAAGUCUGAGGUUGGUAAGAUUUUUAAAUCUGUUUUAAAGCAUCUUAUGCUCACGUAGGCUGCAUUUACUUGAUUAAAAAUACAGUACAACAGUAAUAUUGUGAAAUGUGUUUAAAACUGUAAUUUAUUCCUGUGAUGCAAAGCUGAAUUUAUCAUUACUCCAGUCUUGUCACAUGAUCUGUCAAAAAUCAUUCUAAUAUGCUGAUUUGCUGCUAGAGAAAUUCACUAUCACUAUCAGAUUUGUAAUGUUUUUUAAAGAAGUCUCUUCUGCUCAACAAGCCUGCAAUUAUUUGAGCCAAAGUACAGCAAAAACAGUAAAAUUGUGAAAUAUUUUUACGAUUCAAAAUAACUGUUUUCUAUUUGAAUAUAUUUUAAAAUAUAUUUUAUUCCGGUGAAUUUAAAGCUGAAUUUUUAGCAACAUUAGUCCAGUAACAUGAUCCUUCAGAAAUCACUGUAAUAUUGUCAAAAAACAUUUAUUAUUAUUAUUAUGUUUUUGAAAACAGCUGAGUAGAAUUUUUUCAGGUUUUUCUUAUCUGAAACAGAAGUCUUUUGUAACAUUAUAAAUGUCUGAUCACUUUUGAUCAAUUUCAAGCAUCUUUGCUAAAUAAAAGUAUUAUUUCUAUAAUAAGAAAAGCAUUAUUUCCAUACAUAAAACAGCUGUUCAUUUCAGAUAAAUGCUGAUCUUUGGAUCUUUCUAUGCAUCAAAGAAUCCUGAAAAGUAAUGAUGCUGAAAAUUUACUUUUGAUUACAGGAAUAAAUUAUAUUUUAAAAUAUAUACAAAGCAGGUAAAUAGUAAAAAGAACAGAAAUGCCUUCUUUAAAAGCAUUAAAAAACUGGAAGUGUAUAUAUAUAAAUCUUUCUGACCCCAAACAUUUGGAUAGAUUUAUUAGUUGCUUGUUUCAGGACAUGCUAUUUUUGUUCUUACUCUAAAAUAAUGUAAAAAGCUACUUAUGUUUUGGCUUCACAUGUGUAAAUAAAGUUGCUUUAGAAAACUCACACUUGUACAUUAAACUCUGUUUGAGUAAUCGGUCUGCUCCAGGUCAGGCAGUGACAUGGCUGAUUUCACUAACGUCUCUACUUCCUCUCCAACAGAGCAAAACAGAGAGAAGUGAAGCAACAUGUUUUCCUCCUUCAGCGGGAACAGCUCUAAAAAACACUACAACAUCAUGCACACACAAACAGAUAUACAAAAUAUAGGUAAACUGUAAAUGUGGUAUUAGGUUUUAUUCUCGAAAUUAUAUCAAAAAUAUAUACAAUCUGAUGAAUGUAUGGCUGUUUUGAUUAGGUGUUAACCGAGUUAAAAUUGCACCUCUACGUGUGACACGUCAUUCAUCGAUCUGGUUUGCAAAGUCUUGAGAAAUGGAAACAGGAAAAGGUGCUUUUGAAAUAAUGCUGUUCACUUCUGUAUUUUUGCAUAAACAAACUCUUCUGUAAUUCUUAAUGCUGUCUCCAGGUCAUAAUCUCAGGUUUAUCUUCAUUAUCAGUGUCAACCACAAUUCAACCUAUUAUCAGUGUGCCUUCUGUGUAAUUAAACAAUAUAUAUCCCAAUUUUAAUACAUAAAAAAGACUAAAAGAAGGGUUAGAGUUUAGGUAGUAAACAAACAAUCAGUGGAGAAUAAGGUGUAUGAACUAAUAAUCUAUUUCCAGCCUGUGUUUUUCUGUUAUUGUUUUGGUUUUGGUUCUCCAGGAGGGUGUAGGAUGUGGUUUCUCAAUCUUGUU